AAUAUAUGUAAGACAAACGUGGACUGAACAGUCAAAUCUUGAAUAAAUUAAAAAUAAGAAGAAAACAAAAACCUCGGUUUGCUGAAAUCAUGGAUUUUGGUUGAGGUGUAAUGGUGUUAAUUGGAGAUUUGUCCAAGUGUUGACUCCGCUUGCAUGGUUAGAUGAAACGCUUAUCUAUUGAUUUUAUUCCGCAUUUUAAAUUAGACUCGGUGAUUUGGAAUUGUGGGCUUGUGGAUUUCUCUUAUUAUACACAUGUAUAUCAGUCGUAAGAUUGAGAUUGUUCAUAUUCCUCGAGAUUUGUGGGGCGAAGGGGUAGAACAGGAGAUGUCUAGCUUCGUGGGAGGAGUUCUCGUUUCUGAUCAAUGGCUGCAGAGCCAGUUUACGCAAGUCGAACUUCGCAGCCUUAAAGCAAAAUUCUUUUCAAUGGAGAAUCAAAAUGGUAAAGUUAAAGUGGCGAACUUGCCGCCUCUGAUGAUCAAACUAAACGUGUUUUCUGAGAUGUUCAAUGAGGAGGAGAUUAGGAGAUCAUUGGGAGAAACUCAUUCGGAUGUGAACAGUGAGAUUGGUUUCGAAGGCUUUCUCAAAACUUAUUUGGACUUACAAAAUCGAGGGAAUGCCAAAUUGGGGAAUUCGAAAAACUCGUCCUCAUUCCUCAAGGCCACCACAACUACCCUUCUUCACACCAUCAGUCAGUCGGAGAAGGCAUUGUAUGUUGCCCAUAUUAACAGCUACCUCAGAGAUGACCCAUUUCUGAAGCAGUUCCUUCCAAUCGAUCCAUCUACAAAUGCUUUAUUUAAUCUUGCAAAAGAUGGAGUCUUGUUAUGCAAGCUGAUAAAUGUUGCUGCACCGGGAACAAUAGAUGAACGGGCCAUCAACACCAAACGAGUGCUUAACCCAUGGGAAAGAAAUGAAAAUCACACUCUUUGCCUCAACUCUGCAAAAGCUAUUGGCUGCACAGUAAUCAACAUUGGUACUCAAGAUCUAGUUGAAGGAAGACCUCAUCUGGUACUUGGGUUAAUUUCUCAAAUUAUAAAGAUUCAACUAUUGGCAGAUCUUAACCUUAGAAAGACACCCCAGCUCGUGGAACUUGUGGAGGACAAAUAUGAUAUUGAGGAACUUAUGGGAUUAUCGCCAGAGAAGAUCUUGCUGAAAUGGAUGAAUUUCCAUCUCAAGAAAGCAGGCUACAAGAACACUGUUACAAAUUUUUCUUCGGACUUGAAGGACGGAGAGGGUUAUGCUUACCUGCUCAAUGUACUUGCACCUGAGCACUGCAGUCCUGCCACCUUAGAUGCCAAGGAUCCGGCUGUAAGGGCUAAUUUGGUUCUUGAACAUGCAGAGAAAAUGGAUUGCAAGAUAUAUCUAACUCCAAAAGACAUUGUUGAGGGCUCUGCCAAUUUGAAUAUUGCAUUUGUUGCUCAGAUAUUCCAACAAAGGAAUGGCUUGUCUACAGACAACAAAAUGAUCUCUUUCGCCAAGAUGACGACAGAUGAUGAGCAAAUAUCUAGAGAGGAAAGGUGCUUUAGACUAUGGAUCAACAGUCUAGGAAUUGCCUCUUAUGUCAAUAACUUGUUCGAGGAUGUUAGGAAUGGAUGGAUUCUUUUGGAAGUACUGGACAAAGUUUCUCCUAGAUCUGUCAACUGGAAGCAAGCAACAAAACCUCCCAUAAAAAUGCCAUUCAGAAAAGUAGAGAAUUGCAACCAAGUUAUCAGGAUCGGGAGGCAGUUGAAGCUUUCGCUAGUGAAUGUAGCCGGGAAUGAUAUUGUACAAGGGAAUAAGAAGCUCAUACUCGCUUUCCUAUGGCAGUUAAUGAGGUUUAAUAUGCUUCAACUCUUGAAGAAUUUAAGAUCCCGUUUCCAAGGAAAAGAGAUUACCGAUGCUCAUAUCCUAAGCUGGGCAAACAAAAGAGUGAAGGGUACAGGCAGAAAAUCUCAAAUGGAAAGUUUCAAGGACAAGAGCCUUUCAAGUGGAUUAUUCUUCCUUGAGCUUCUCAGUGCAGUCGAGCCUCGAGUUGUUAAUUGGAACCUCGUUACCAAGGGCGAAACUAAUGACGAGAAGAGGCUGAAUGCUACUUACAUAAUCAGUGUUGCAAGAAAACUUGGGUGUUCUAUUUUCUUGUUGCCGGAGGACAUUUUGCAGGUGAACCAAAAAAUGAUCCUUUCUUUAACAGCUAGCAUAAUGUAUUGGAGCCUUCAGCAGUCGGUUGAAGAGUCGGAUUCGUCUCAAUCACCCGGUGCUUCUAGUCGAGGUGCAUCACCCGAACCUUCAAUCGAUGGCAUUAAUGAUUCUUUAUCCCCUGCUUCUUCACCUGCUACAACUGCUUCCUGGGAGGCAUCCCCAUCACCGUCUACUAGUACAGAUGAUGAUAGCUUGCUGGCUACUGAAGUAUUGAAUAUGAUCAUCGACGAUACAACUUCCGAUGAUGUGAUCUCCACUUCAGAUGGAGACAAUGCAGCCUCUGAUACACAAUCACAAAAUGAGCACUAGUUGUGCAGCUUUUGGCAUUCUGUCUUUCGUAGAAAAUGUAGAAGAUAAGAAGACUCACCAACUAGAACUCGAGCUAUUGACCGGUGCAGCACCCUGCGUUGGAUUGUAAAAAGAGACAAUAGCUAAUAAGAGUCUCAUCGAAUAAUAAUAUCAGUGGUGAUAAUGCACACCAAAAUAUUAUGUGGAUGUAUUAGUUUCACAAUAAAAAUUAAAUAUUAGAUGCUUUC